AUGCUUUCCUCGAUCUCAACCAACACCUUCCUCCAUUCACCAAACGCGAUCCCUCCCCGAACAUCCUCCAACGGCAUCAAUUCGAACCACAUUUCUCCCUCAAAGUCGGCCCUGAGGCCCGUCCCCGAAGGCGACUGGAUAGCUCAAAGCUUGAAACAGCAACAGGCUAGCAUAGCAAGCGCCACCGCCGCCGCGCCCUCGACAACCCGGCGCAUGCGAAAAGCCACCCCAGACACCCCGCCCGACGACGCAUACCCCCACAUGCUCAACCACCAGACCCAAGCGCCGACGCGCUUCGACGCGAACCGCUAUGCCACAGAAGACUUCAACUUUACGACGACCAAGAAGACUUGGUCCGAGGCAAAGGAAAAGGUGAUAUGCGGUCCCUUUGACUACCUGCUCGGCCAGCCCGGCAAGGACUUUAGGACGCAGAUCAUCACCGCCUUCAAUGCCUGGCUUGAAGUGCCGCCAGACAGCCUCAAGCUCGUCACCCACGUCGUGGGGAUGCUGCACACGGCGUCGCUGCUGGUCGACGACGUCGAGGACGACUCGUCCCUGCGAAGGGGCCUUCCUGUCGCCCACAGAAUAUUCGGCGUGCCGCAGACCAUCAACAGCGCAAACUACAUCUACUUUGCCGCGCUGCAAGAGCUCAAGAAGCUGAACAACCCAGAGGCCGUUACCAUCUUUGCCGAGGAGCUCAUCCACCUCCACCGCGGCCAGGGCAUGGAUCUGUUUUGGCGCGACACCCUCACGUGCCCGAGCGAGGAUGACUACCUCGAGAUGGUCGGCAACAAGACAGGCGGACUGUUCCGGUUGGGCAUCAAGCUCAUGCAGGCCGAGUCCAAGUCGCCCACCGACUGUAUCCCCCUCGCCAACCUCAUCGGCCUCAUCUUCCAGAUCCGCGACGACUACCAAAACCUCUUUUCACGCGAGUACAGCGAAAACAAGGGCAUGUGCGAGGACCUGACCGAGGGCAAGUUCUCGUUCCCCGUCAUCCACAGCAUCCGCUCCGACCCGACCAACCUGCAGCUUCUCAACAUACUCAAGCAAAAGACCAGCGACGAAGGGGUCAAGAACUAUGCCGUCUCGUACAUGGAGAAGACGGGGAGCUUUGAGUACACCAAACAGGUGCUGAGGGUGCUGAUUGAGCGCGCCCGCAAGAUGACGGACGAGUUGGACGCGGGUAGGGGAAAGUGUAGCGGCAUACACAAGCUCUUGGACAAGAUGGUUGUCGAGUGA